UGCACACCAGAAGGUUGCAAAAAAGAAGAAGAAAGUACUUCCGGUUAGGAUCUCUUUCGCCACAAAAACCUUGAGUAGCUUUUGUCAUGUUGCGCAAUGUUUUUGUCACAUUUGGGACAACAUCUGCGUCUUUAAAGCGUUACGUGCGACAUACGCGUCUACCUUUAACUCUGUUGUCGCCACUGAGGACAUUUACGGACUUGAAAGACGACACGACGACAUUUGACUCUUCGCUGCUGGACUUCCUCGUAUGCCCGCUGUCCAAAAAGACGCUCAGGUUUGAUGAGAAGACCAACGAGCUGAUCAAUGACGAGCUGGGAAUCGCGUACCCCAUCACUGACGGCAUUCCCAACAUGAUCCCCCAGGAAGCCAGACUUUUAGAGAAGACUUCUCCUGCACAAGGACACAAUCUCCCAUCUUGAAUACAACUCAAUUCAUCUUGAUGGGCGCUGCUGGUGUUCAUUGAUCCAUCAGAAGAGUGUUUAUGAAGUUAGAAAUAUUAAUAACCUGCUGCUUCCUGUCACCAUCCCUGUCUAUGUCUUCUUUCACCUGUGGAGCUGGAUGGGAAUCAAGCUUUUCAGGCAUAACUGAAAUAAGGAAAAAAUAAUAAAAUGUUUACUGUGUUUUUCUGAA